UCCUGAUCUGUCUCCGGCUCCGCCAUGUUGCUUCCGGUUUCCGCCGAGGUCGAGCCCUGGUAUCUUUGGCCCUACGUUCUCCUGGUGAAAGCCCCUCAGAAGCUGACGUCCAGCACCAAGGGGUUGGUGUCAUUUGAGGAUGUCUCUGUGGACUUCACCUGGGAGGAGUGGCAGGACCUGGAUGAUGCUCAGAGGCAGCUCUACAGGGACGUGAUGCUGGAGACCUACAGGAGCCUGGAGUCCUUGAACCAGUGUGAUCCCAAACCUGAGUUGAUCCUGAAGUUGGAACAAGAAGCUGAGCCAUGGAAGGAAGAAGAUGUCCCAAACCAGAGCCUCCCAGAUAUGCAGCAUGCGAAUGAGAUUAACCAAGACUAUCAGAAGAUGCAUGGAUGCAAUCUGGUAAUUGCCAAGAGCAGCAGCACAUCAGCUGAGCAGAGGGCUACAGCAGGAAAAAUGGUGACUAGCUCAAGCCAUGUUUUAAGGCUAGCUGUAAAGAAUGACAUGUCUUCUGGAAUGAGACCUGGGGGGUUUAAUAUAUGGGAUCGUGUGCUUCUCCCUAGUGAGCCCAGUGAGAUGCAGGCUGUAGAGGGACUUGAUCUUCCUCAUGUAACCAGGGUGUCCCCCAGACUUCCUGAGCCUCUUAGUCUAUAUCACAGUACUAAAUGUGAAGAAAAGCAUUUUCAGUAUUGUGGGCACAGUGAAGCUCUCCACACGAAGACAGUGUGGAUACAGAACACAUUUCCUAUCAAAGAUCCCUCCAGUAAGUUGAAGAACUACAGAAAAGGAUUAGAAAAGUUAGCUUUUCCUGCCCAAGGGGGUACCCAGGUACAGGAGCAAACUUUUGAAUGUAAAGUGUGUGGGAAAUUGUUCUAUAAAAAUUCUCAUCUAACACAGCACUUAAAAACACACAAAGAAAAGGAAUGUUAUAAAAGUAAUGAUUGUGAACCAAUAUUCAAUAUACAAUCAAACCUCCGAAAACAUCAGAGUUUGAAUGUGGGAGAAAAGCCUUAUACAUGUAAUGAAGAUGAGAAAUACAUUUGUCAGAAAUCAGAAAAAAGUGUUCGGCAGAGAAUCAUAGGGGAUGGAAGGAAUGUGUAUGAGAAAACUGUUUGCUCAAAAUUAAAUUGCAGUGUUCAACAGAACCCUCACAAGGAUGAGAAAUCCCAUGAAUACAGUAUAUCUGGAAAAGCAAUUAGUAAGUCCAACCUCCAACUUGAGACACUGCACAGAUAUGAGAAAGCAUAUGAAUGUAAUACAUGUGGGAAAACCUUUAACCAUACAUCAAAUGUCUACUCACAUUCGAGAGCUCACACAGCUGAGAAACCCUAUGAGUGUAAAGACUGUCAGCAGUCAAAACCCAUUGUGAAUCAGCAAGCUCACACACAGGAAAAACGCUAUGUAUGCAAUGUAUGUGGAAAAGCCUUUUACAAAAGAGCCCACUUACACGCACAUCAGCGAACCCACACAGGUGAGAAGCCAUAUGACUGUAAUGAAUGUGGGAAAUCUUUUAGGCUGAAGUCAUUUCUUGUUGUACAUCAAAGAAUUCACACAGGUGAAAAACCCUUUGCAUGUACUACAUGUGGAAAAAGUUUCAAGCAGAGGACAAGUCUCUAUACACACAUAAGAAUUCACACAGGUGAGAAACCCUAUGAAUGUAAAGAAUGUAGGAAAUCUUUUAUUCUCAAGUCAUAUCUCACUGUACAUCAGAGAACUCAUUCGGGUGAGAAACCCUAUGAGUGUGAUGUAUGUGGAAAGUCCUUUAAGCAAAAUUCCCACCUUCAUGCACAUAAGAGAACUCACACAAGUGAGAAACCCUACGAGUGUGUUGUAUGUGGCAAAAGUUACAAGCAGAGUCCAAGCCUCUAUACACAUAAGAAAAUUCAUAUGAGUGAGAAACCCUAUGAAUGUAAACAGUGUAGAAAAUCAUUUAGUUUGAAGUUCCAUCUCACCAGACAUCAGAGGACUCACUCAGGUGAAAAACACUAUCAGACGGCCUCCGCGCACUUCCGGUCUGUGUCCGGAGCCGCCAUCUUGCUUCCGGUUUCCGCGGGGGGUUGGAUCGCUACCACAGUCCUGCGCCAGGCUGUUAUGACAUCUAGAGGUAGUAAAACGCCUGCCUUCUGCCUGGACAGUGUGGAUCUUUUUGACCCGAGGUGUCCUCAGAAAGGAGGGAAAGUGCCGGGGUUGGUGUCAUUUGAGGAUGUCUCUGUGGACUUCACCUGGGAGGAGUGGCAGGACCUGGAUGAUGCUCAGAGGCAGCUCUACAGGGACGUGAUGCUGGAGACCUACAGCAGCCUGCUGUCCUUGAAUCAGUGUGAUGCCAAACCUGAGUUGAUCCUGAAGUUGGAGCAGGGAGCUGGGCCAUGGAAGGAAGAAGAUGCCCCAAACCGAAGGCUCCCAGCUAUAGAGAAUGUGAAGAGCCUGAACGAGACCAGUUGGGACAAUCAAAAGAGACAUUUGAACCGCCUGGUAAUCACUGGCAACUCUUCAGCUGAGAAGAGGGUCAAAUUUGGGAAAAGAUUUAAUAUGAGUUCCAACCAUGUUUUACACCUGGCUAUUAAGAAUAGGAACUCUUCUGAAAUGAGAUCUGAGGUGCUUGAUAUUUGGGAAAAUGUGUAUCUCCCUGGUGAACCCAGUGUCAUGCAGCCUAUAGAGGAACUUGAUCACCUUACUACAACCAAGAUGUCAUGCAGACCUCCUGAGCCUCUUAGUGUGGAUCAUGGUGUUGAAAGUGGGCAACAGCACUUUCUGUAUAGUCAACACGAUGAAGCCUUCAAUGGGAACACUGUGUGGACACAUAAGGUAUUUCCUUUGGGAGAUAAUCCAAGUAAGUUAAAGGAAUACAGGAAAGCCUUUGGUAAGUUAGGUCCUAGUGCCCAAGAGGGGACCCACAUAAGGGAAGACACUUUGGAUUGUAACUUGUGUAAGAAAUCAUUCUCUGACAAGUGUAACCAUACUCAGCAUUUUAAAACAUGCAUAAAAAACAAAUAUGAUAAAUGUGCUGAUUGUGAACCCACAUUCAAUACAAAACCAGGCCUUAUAAACCUUCGGAGCACUCUGAACGCAUGGGAAAAGCCCUGUGGGUGUAGUGACAAUGAGAAAUGUGUGUGUCAGAUGCCAAAGCAGAGGGUUAAUCAGAGUGUCUUCUCGAGUAAGGAGAGUAAUUGUGCGAAAAAAUUAUGCCCCAAGUUACAUUUCAGUGUGCACCAGAGACCUCACACAGGUAAGAAACCCCAUGAGUGCAAUACAUCUGCAAGAAUCAACAACCAACCUCGUAGUCGUCACAGAUGUGGGAGAACCUAUCAAUGUAAAGUAUGUGGGAAAGCCUUUAAGCACACACAAAAUCUCUACUUACACUACAGAACUCACACUGGUGAGAAGCCAUAUGAGUGUAAAGAAUGUAAGAAACUAUUCAGUGUAAAGUCAAAUCUCAGUGUACAUCAGAAAACUCAUACAGGCGAAAAACCCUAUGAGUGUAACAUAUGUGGAAAUGCCUUUAAAAGGAGGUGUGACCUAACUAUACAUCAGAGAGUUCACACAGGUGAGAAGCCCUACGAAUGUAAAGAGUGCAGAAAAACUUUCAGUAUCAAGUCAGGGCUCAUUGUGCAUCAGAGAAUUCACACAGGUGAGAAACCAUAUGAGUGUAAUGUAUGCGGAAAACGUUUUAACCAGAAGUCAAAUCUCUCUACACACGAGAAGAUUCACACAGGUGAGAAACCCUUUGAAUGUAAAGAAUGUAGGAAAUCAUUUAGUGUCAAGUCAUAUCUCACUAUACAUCAAAAAACUCACUUGGGUGAGACCUCAUGCAUGAAAUCUGGGGAAGCCUUCUAUCAGAAGACAAACCUCUACAGACAUCAUAGAGCUUGCACAGGUGAGAAACCCUAGGUUCAUAAAGAAUGUAGGAAAAGUCAUUUGUCAUCUCUCCCUGAACCUCAAAGAGUUCAGAGGUGAAGAUCCCUGUGGAUGUAAAGGCUGCAGCAAUCAUCAGUCUUAAGUCACAUCUCAUAAUUAGUGAACCCAAAACACUGGUAGGUACCAGUGUGGGAUAUGUCCAAAGACUUCUGCUAGAUGCCAGACUUGAGUUGUUGGAGAAAUCUUACAGGUGAGAAACCCUCUGAAGGUAAGGUCUGGAAAUAAUCAGUCCUCAGCAAGACUGGAGAAUUCAUAUUGAUGAGAAGCCCUGUGAGUGUAGUUAUGUGGAAAGCCCGUUAGUCAGAAGUCCCAUCUCUGUGAAUUUGAGUUCACACAGCAGAGAAGGCCUGUGAAUAUGAGGAAUGUAGGAAAGCAUUUCAGACGUUUGUCACCUCUUCAUGUAUCUCACAGAAUUGAGAGUUGAGAGAUACUUAUCAGUGCAAUCUAUAAAAUGGUCACCUACCACCUGCCACAUGUCAAAGCUGUCUACACAUUAGAGAAAUCUCACAGUUGAGAGAUACUUACCAGUGCAAUCUAUAGAAAGGUCACCUGCCACAUGUCAGAGCUGUCUACACAUUAGAGAAGUCUCACAGUUGAGAGAUACUUACCAGUGCAAUCUAUAAAACGGUCACCUACUACAUGUCAGAGCCGUCUACACAUUAGAGAAGUCUCACAGUUGAGAGGCCUUGUGAAUAUAAGAACUAGGAAACAUUUCCAACAAAUGUACAUCAGAGUACUCAGCAAUGCAAAGGGGAGGCGCUCUCAGCAGCAGAUAGAACUCACUGCACGUCAGACAUACACAGCCGAGUAACUGGAUGCAGUGUGUGGAGAAACCUGUUCCCAGAUGUCAGAUCUCAGCAGUCAUUAGGUGAGGAGCCCUCUGAAUGUGAGGAAUCCUUCACUGCAUACCAAAGAAGACACAUAGGAUAAGCCAUAUCAAUUCAAUAUGUGCAAAACUUUGGUUCUGUAAGAUGGACAUCUGCCUUCCCUGGAGAACCAUAUGAACACAAAACCCUGUGAAUAUAAAAAUUGAAAAAAACCUGUGAAUUUAAAGAAUGUAGAAAAUAUCUCAUAUUCUUGGGGUGUGUGCAAGAGCUCACGCAGCUAAACAUGCUCCCACCUAGGUAAGUAUAACACAUUUGUGUGCAUCAGAAAACCCCUCACUGCUGAGAAACCACAAGAGUGGUAUAUGUGGACAAGACUUUUACCAAAUGGAAACACUCUGGCUAGCUCAUGGGCUGGAAGUACAUGAAUGCAAUGGGUGUGGACAGUGCUUUUAUAGGAAGUUGACCUCCACAUUGGAGAAUUCAUUAGAGAUGAAAUGCUGUUAACGUGGAAAAGCCUAUUUAGAAUGGUUAUGGAUAUAGAAAAUGUCAUUGUGAGAAGUCCUGUAAGCAGAGGUCUCAUGUGCUAAGAUUUACCGUUUUGCUCUAAGACUGGCAGACUGUAUGUGUAGUGUUAUGGAGAGAACAUGGCCAGAGCUCUAUAGGAAUUUUAACAUUUGUGAUGACUUUUCUUUCUUGCCUCAACCCCCAAUUCCUGCAGUACAUUAUCCUGGGAUUUGUACUUAUGGUCUGAAAGCAAAUAAGAUUAUCUGUGGAGAGAAGUGGGUGUAGAGAAGGACACUGAUUUACAGACAUGCUUCAUUGGAGAGAGCAGAGGUUUUAUAUGUGUUUAUAAAUCUCUUGUUUGUAUGAGUGAUAUAACCUUUUUGCAACAUAAUGCAAAAUCAUUAUAACCCAUUUUAAAAGUAUUUCGGAUAGGGGACCUUUCAUGCUAGAAAAUUCACCCAGGAGAGGGCCCUUCUUGUCACCUUUGUAUUUUCAAGCCAUUUAAUGGAGAAAAAGAAACAUGAAAUUUCAGUAAAUUCUAAAUGCCUUACCUGGCACCAAGACCUUGUCUCAAAAAAAAGAUUGUUGAAUAUGCCAGAUGAUAAAUAUUUAUGAUGGUGCCUGAUGCAGUGGUUUGGUCCACAUUUGAAGACAUCUGUGUUUGUCACAACCACAGUUUGAGAGAUGCAGCUGAUACUAGUGGAUACCAGGAAUUACGCUGAACUGAAGGACUGUUGUCCUUUCCUGAGGAGGUACGGACAGAUAUGUACUCAGCCCAGAUAGGGCACUGACAACAGACCGAAGACACAGUUCUGUCAAACUGCAAUCCCACCAGUGAGUGUGUGGAGGUUUCAGGAGUAUGGGUGAGAGGUUGCCUAACAAGCACAGGAGUGAUUCCGCAGCUGUAUCACUGAAAAGACUCCAGCCUGGGGAGGACUCUUGAAAACUGAAACAAAGUGAGUCACAUAGGGUUAGGUAGUCUCCCCCCACCCACCCACCCAGAAGCCCUUCCCGCUUUUAUAAACAAGGGAAUGGGCCUCAUGAAUCUUAUACAUUUUCGGGGUAUAUUUCCUAGUCUUAAUGAGCCUUCCUCCAGGAUGGGAAUGUUUUAAUUCAGAGGGUACUGAUACACAUCAGGCACAACAUACCCUGAUGUAUGUAAGGUUUGUGCAUAUGAUUUUAUCACAUCAACAGAUGUUCUCUGUAUUCAGGGACAUGCAGGAAAUACAUUUAUUGUAAUGGUUAGUGUGAUUUCAUUAAGGUUUUCUACAUUAAAUACUAUCCUAGCCUGUUUACAUCUUGUAAGUCUCUAGUUUGUAUUUUCUUAAUCUUUUAACAUAUAAGUGUAUAUGGUGAUUGUCACCAACUGUCUGCUAAGUAUUGAUGUUUGUGUUUUUCUAAGAUGGUGAUGUCUUAAAGUGAGCCAGUGUUUCUAAGAGAAUAAGUAUCAGGGUAGAAAAAGAUGAAUAAAGAUAUUUUUCACAGCUA